UCGUACAACUUCGAAGCUCUUUGCUCCAUUGGAAAAGGAUUUUGCAUUCGGGAAGCGAUUCUAAAUUAUAAAAUGUCGGAUGAUUUCGUAAAAGAUACGCUUCGUUCGACCCUUCUGUGUUUCAAUAUUUCUACAAGAAAAACGGAAAAUUUCCAUUCAGAAAUAAGAAUAAUGAACAAUGUGGAUGUAUUGAGAUGUAGCAACGACAAUAGCGAAAUUCAAAGCAUACUAAAAAAUCUCUUGGAGGAGGAAAACGCAAACGAAUUUUUGGAUAAUAUCAAAAAUAUUUUGCGUAACAGAAAAAAUUGGAAAGAAUUUAUAUCUUUCUUAGAUAAUUAUUUUGAAGAAUUUAGUAAAAAUUUUAAUUACAGUGAAGCAAUAUUUCAUUUAUUAGUAAAGAGCAUAUAUGAAAUUCCUAAAAAUCCAAUUAAGUAUUUAGAGAUUCGGAAGGUUUUAUCGAAUCGUGUGAACACAUUACCAAAAAUGAAAGCGGAAAAUAUUCGUUUACUAAUUGAAUUUCUGAAAGACGAUUCAAAGAUGAAAAAGCAAAUAAGAAACGUAAGAAAAUGGUUGAUUUCUAAGCCUUGGACUAAAGAUUUCCGAGUCGAUUAUAGAUUCGUUGGUGAUAACGAAGAUUAGAGUAUGCAUAAGAUUAAAUAAACAA